AUGUCAAUGCAGCUUGACGGGGUACACAAGGGGCGACUUACUCUUCAAAAUAAAGCCGGGCGCAUUCAGCUGGUUUCCAUGUUCCAGGGGUUCCUCGACAGGGGAACAAUCACGGUUCACGAGGCGCAGGUCGCUCAUGGGCUUUUGAACUUCUCGGCCGGCUACGUGAAUGGCCGUGCUUUGCGCGUGACCUGCCAGGAGCUGCUUCGCUUGACAAAGGCACCGGGUCCCUCCACGCCUGAGGCGAUCCGCAUCUUUUGCGUCAACAGCCUCGAGGCCCUCCGGGCGCUAAGCCCCCGUGUUCUGUGUGUGUGGGACAGCCGGGCUCCCAUACACGUCUUCAUUGACGGGGCCUGGGAGCGGGGCCGAGCUGGCAUUGGCGCUGUUAUCUUCGAUACGGCAUCGGGUGAGUCGUGGGCUUACGCCGGCUUAGUGCCAGAGUCUCUCAUCUCCCGAUGGGAGGCGGAUGUCGGGUCUCAGCUCAUCUGUCAGACUGAGUUGUAUGCCAUCGUGUGCCUUAGGUGGGCCUUGGCCUCCACUUUCGGUCACAGACGCUUGAUUUGGUGGGUCGACAACGAAUCUGCGAGGUAUGGCUUGAUUAAGGGCAUCUCGGACAGCCCCUCCAUGGCAUCCUUGGUCCAGGCCUUUGCACUUGCAGACUCCAAAGCACCCUCGUACAGCUGGUACGAGAGGGUCCCAUCGUUCUCUAACAUUGCAGAUGGACCAAGCUAA